AUGUCUGCCGCGAGCACAUACAGCCUGACCUACCCCAUUUACCAGCGUCUAGCGCGCCCCCCCGCACUCGAUGUGCACAUUGUGGACGUAAAGCUUUCAGCCUGGGCCGCAGACCCGUACGCGCUCGAGGCGGCCAGGAGCCGUCUCAACUGCACCCCGCCGACAACCCCUCCGCCAGGCUCAACACUACAAGGCUCGCCUGCGGACGACGAGGACUGGCAGCGGGCAUAUUGCAUUGCUCGAAGAUCAAAGCUGAUCCGCAUCCACAAUGCCUCCCGACCGCGCGAUCAAUUCGACGCGCAGACGACCGACCCGAUUUGGCGCCUGUUGUACAAUGUCGAGGGGAAAUCCGACCAGGAAGCCGUGAAGGACCAGUGGCUUCAGCAAGGAAUAUGGGAGGACGAGUGGAGUUCGACUGGCGGACCGCUUGGGGCGUGGAAACACGAGAAGCCCAAGUCCACAGACAGAGACGACGGGCGCCGGCGCCCAUGCGGCCAGGGAACGACGGAUGCAUCUCGGCCAUUCUUUCAGUUCAUGCACCAGCUGGCUCUGGCGAGCGAAUUGCACCGACGCAUGAUAUGGGCCAACACCGCGCCUCCCCCUGAUAUAAACACCGAUGUUUACCGGAUGGUCCGAGAUAUGUGGGAAACACACCGGAUCUGGAAUCCAGAGUGGGGGACGCUGCCGGGCCUCGUUUGGACCCAUGAGAUGCCGCUGGAGCCAUGGCUGAAGGACAGGAUGGGUAGCAGCUAUGUUGAUAGCGACGGCCAGUACGAGCCCGGCAAUAUGAGGAGGGCGAUUCGCGAUGUCCUGGCCAACGGGGCGGAGUCGUCUGAUGGCCCCGGAACUGACUCUGUGAUGACCGAGAGCCAGGAGGAUUCAGGUGAUGAUGAUGAGUCUUCAAGUGAUGGCAGCCAGGACAGCGACAAUGGGUCGACCCCAGACAAGGCCCAGAACUUAUGCGAUCCCUACAGCCUCAAAUACAGGAUCCCGUGCCUUGAUGUCCCGAUGAACAGGCAUAUAUUCAACGCAGCGACCAAUGCCGGCCACUUGGGCCUGUUUCCCAAUGCGGUCGCUGGUCUUUCGAUGCCCCCUCGCGAUCCAGUACGCCUGAAAGUGUUGCCAACGCAGGCAAAACAACUGCAGCGGAAGACAAGGUCACCAGCCCAGCGCGGACAGUCUGUAGCCGAAGAUACCCAGCGGAAACGGGUUUCACGGACUGGCGCGGAGCCCCCGGCGCGAAGGAGCAAGAGGUUGCGGAAGAGCAAAAGGUUCUAG